GAGGACGCGACGCGAGCCCAGUUCCGGCGAGGAGGCCGCGCCAGUGACAGCGAUGGCGGCGGAGUCGGCGCUCCAAGUUGUGGAGAAGCUGCAGGCGCGCCUGGCCGCGAACCCGGACCCGAAGAAGCUCUUGAAAUAUUUGAAGAAACUCUCCACCUUGCCUAUUACAGUAGACAUUCUUGCGGAGACCGGAGUUGGGAAAACAGUAAAUAGCUUGCGAAAACACGAGCACGUUGGAAGUUUCGCCAGGGAUCUGGUGGCCCAGUGGAAGAAACUGGUUCCUGUGGAACGAAACACUGAGCCUGAUGAGCAGGACUUUGAGAAGAGCCAUUCCCGAAAGCGCCCCAGGGAAGCAGUUCAGAAGGAGGAGGAGAUAGAGGGAGACGACCAGGAAAACUGGAAAGCCUCCAGUAGCCAAACCUAUAGCCCUGAUCACAGGCAGAAAAAACACAGAAAACUCUCAGAACCCGAGAGAACUCACAAAGUGUCCCACGUUCCAGAGAGGAGAGAUGAGAGAAAGAGGUGCCAUAGAGUUUCACCGGUUUAUUCUUCAGACCACGAAUCUUCUGAUUAUGGCCAUGUUCAGUCCCCUCCAUCGUCUGCCAGUCCCCAUCAGAUGACCAUGGACCAUUACAGAUCCUUGGAGGAGGACCACGAGCCCUUUGUUCCACACCAGAAACCUGGGAAAGGCCAUAGUAAUGCCUUUCAGGACAGACUGGGGAUUAGUCAGGACCGACACGUGGGGGAUUCCCACGGGAAAGGGGCUGUGAGUCAGAACAAGGAGCACAGAUCUUACAAGGAAAAACGUCCAGUGGAUGCUAGGGGAGAUGGAAAGUUGUCUUUGAGCAAAGAGAAAUCACACAAGGCCGUCUCCAAAGAGGAAAACCGAAGGCCACUCUCAGGGGAUAGCACAAAGGAGAAGCUGCCCUCCAGUGGAGUCAAGAAAGAGAAGGAGAAGGAGGGCAGCUCCAAGAAGAAGUUUUUACCACCCUUGGAAGUUGCUUCAGACAACCACCUUAAAAACAAGCCAAAGCACAAAGAUGCAGAGAAAACCAAAACGGACAAAAACAAGCAGAGUCUCGACAGCUUAGACAUAGGAAAGGGGGCGGGAGACCCGCUGCCCAAGAUGAAAGACCGGGUUUCUAACAACCUAAAGACUUCAGAAGGGAAAGUAAAGUCUUCUCAUUCAGACCGAAAGUCUGGGGGCUCCCUCGCCAAGGUCGAGGAGGCAGAGAUGGAGGAUGAAUUUGAGCAGCCUACUAUGUCUUUUGAGUCAUACCUCAGCUAUGACCAGCCCCGUAAGAAAAAGAAAAAGAUUGUGAAAACUUCAGCCACCACUCCUGGAGAAAAAGGACUAAAAAAAAAUGAUUCGAAAAGCACGAAUAAAAACUUGGACUCAGUUCAGAAAUUACCUAAAGUGAAUGAAAACAAGUCAGAGAAACUUCAGCCAGCUGGAGCCAAUUCAGCCAAGCUGAAAAAGGUCCCCAUGGACGCCUUGCCAGUGUUGCCAGACCUCCCAUUACCCAUGAUACAGGCCAAUUACCGGCCACUUCCUACCCUGGAAUUGAUGUCCUCCUUCCCACCAAAGCGAAAAGCGCUGUCUUCACCCCAGGAAGAGGAGGAAGCUGGAUUCACUGGACGAAGAAUGAAUUCUAAGAUGCAGGUGUAUUCUGGCUCCAAAUGUGCCUAUCUCCCCAAAAUGAUGACCUUGCACCAGCAAUGCAUCCGGGUACUUAAGAACAACAUCGAUUCAAUCUUUGAAGUGGGUGGUGUCCCAUAUUCUGUUCUUGAACCUGUUUUGGAGAGGUGUACGCCUGAUCAGCUAUACCGCAUAGAGGAGUACAACCACGUAUUAAUUGAAGAAACAGAUCAAUUAUGGAAAGUUCAUUGUCACCGAGACUUUAAGGAAGAAAGGCCUGAAGAGUAUGAGUCGUGGCGGGAGAUGUACCUGCGGCUUCAGGAUGCCCGGGAGCAGCGGCUGCGAGUGCUGACCAAGAAUAUCAGAUCUGCACAUGCCAAUAAGCCCAAAGGCCGACAAGCAAAGAUGGCCUUUGUCAACUCUGUGGCCAAACCGCCUCGUGAUGUUCGACGGAGACAGGAGAAGUUUGGAACCGGAGGAGCAGCUGUGCCUGAGAAAAUUAGGAUCAAGCCGGCCCCGUACCCCUCGGGGAACAGCCAUGCCCCGUCGGCCAGCGGCAGCGGCAGCAACUUUAGUGCCAGCCCGGAGGAGCCGGCCUACGACGGCCCCAGCACCAGCGGGGCCCACUUGGCUCCCGUGCUCAGCACUGUUUCCUACGAUCCUAGGAAGCCGACUGUGAAGAAAAUUGCCCCAAUGAUGGCCAAGACGAUUAAAGCUUUCAAGAACAGGUUCUCUCGACGGUAAACUGAGGACUCGCCUGGGAGACAAAACUGGCGGGGAGGAGUACCAGGACAGUGGGGGUUGGGGAAUGGAACUUCCAAAGGAGACCAGGAUCCUUUGCUUGGAGGCACCAUUUGGUCUCGGAACCCAGCCCGACCCGCAGGUGUUGCCCCUGUGAGCCUGUGCGCGCCGCAGCCACUGCCUCCCGGCCUGGAGAACACUUCAGAAUUCUGAAGAAGAUGUGAAGCCUCAGUCUUACUGAGGAUUUUAAGGUCAAUUAUACUUUUGUUGUUAAUUAGCUUCUUUGUAAACUAUAAGACAUAGUUUUAACUAAUAAAUAUUGCCCCCAGAUUGUAUUUAUAUUCCCCCA